AUGUUCCGCCAGAUCCUCGUCCAUCCGGAAGAUCGCGACCUACAACGGAUUCUAUGGCGAUCAACUCCGGAGAAACCCAUCGAAGAAUAUCGGCUCUGCACUGUCACAUAUGGCACGGCGUGCGCGCCAUAUCUCGCCAUCCGCACCUUGAAACAACUUUCGAUCGAUGAAGGAGCUCAAUUUCCACUUGGAGCGGACUGUUUGUUAGAUAACACCUAUGUCGACGAUAUCUUCGACGGCGAUGAUGACGUCCUUCACGCCGAGAAGAAACGAGAUCAAGUGAUAGAUCUCUGUGCGAAGGCGAACCUUAAGUUAGAUAAAUGGGCAGUAAACCACCCCGAUCUACAUCCUUCAUCUAGCGCACCACUAUCCUCGGAGAUCAUCGACAAAAACACAGUCUUUAAGACUCUGGGGAUACUGUGGGCUUCAAGAGUCGAUUACUUUGCUUUCAACAACCCUCAAAAAACACACAUCUCAGGGGAUGCGACAAAAAGAAUGAUUUCCUCUAGCAUUGCCCAGCUAUACGACCCUUUGGGCUGGCUCGCACCUAUCACAGUGGUCGCCAAGAUCAUGCUCCAGGACCUCUGGAUACUCAGAAUUGACUGGGAUGCUGAACUCCCUACCGAAGUACAAGAGCGCUGGACGCAAUAUUAUCAAUCCCUAGUUGGAUUAUCAGGUAUCAAGAUACCACGCUGGCUAGGAAGCUUUUCGAACUCGCUGAUCGAGCUCCAUGGAUUCUCAGACGCAUCCACUCGAGCCUACGCAGCAGUAGUCUACGUGCGAGUCCUUAAAUACAAAGAGGACGGUCAAGUUACACUUCUUGCAGCGAAGUCCAAAGUCGCUCCUAUUAAGACUGCAACAAUACCAAAGCUAGAACUCUGUGGAGCUGCUCUCCUAGUAAAGCUCUUAAAAUACGUUAGACGGCUGACCUUUCUAAAUGCUGUGCCUGUGACGGCUUGGUGUGACAGUCAAGUCACCCUAGCCUGGAUCAACCAACAUCCAUCUAAAUGGAAAACCUUCAUUGCGAACCGUGUCUCCUACAUUCAGACUGAACUGCCUUCGGUGAAAUGGAGACACGUGCCUAGCCAAGAAAAUCCGGCUGACCUAGCGACACGAGGUCUUCAACCAGAGACCCUACGAGAAAAUAGACUUUGGUGGAAUGGUCCACAAUGGCUGUCCCUAUCACCGGCUAAUUGGCCCUCUCAACUUCAACGUCCCGAUACCGAAAAUGCGGAAGUAAAAGCGUUCCUCACAGUCAAGAAUGAAGUCGAAAUUGAGAUCCUCUCAAGAUUCUCCUCUUUGCAACGGCUUAUUAGAGUUGUAGCAUUCUGCUUGAGAGUGUUCAAGAACUAUAAAGCAAAGGGAUCUGAAAACUCUUUCAAGGAUACAGUCCUCUCCUCGACCGAAUUGGACUCCGCCAAAUCGACGGUCUUAGCGAUAGCGCAGAGGAAAACAUUCUCUGAGGAGAUAGACUUACUCAAAAACGCGAAAAGCAUUCCUAAACAUAGCAAACUCCGCAAUCUCAACCCCUUUUUGGAUAAAGCGGGAAUCCUUCGAGUAGGUGGACGUUUGAAACAUUCCUCACUAGCCUUCUCCUCGAAGCAUCCACCGCACCGAUUCUACCAAAAGAUUCACCACUGA